AACAAUAUGAAUAGUCUCAAAGUUGAUAAACUUCCAUUUGGACUUUCACCAGGACCAAAAGAUCUUCAAUCUCGUUCAACUUCUGAAACCCAUCCAUUUGAUCCGACUUCUAUUAGUUCUGUACCUUUUAGUCUCGCACCAGCUUCACCUGUUCGUCUUACUAUUCCAGAUGGUGAUCCUCAACUAAGAUCAUCUCCAAACAAAAAUUCCAAUCUUCUUAAAUCUGAUGUAGACAUCUUAGAAAGAACUAGAGUAGUCUCUCCUAUCCGACAUAUUGAAGAAUCUCCUAUCAAAGAGAAAUCGAUUGCAGAUCGCGAAAGAGAUGCCAUUCGAGCUCGUCUCAUGGUUAAAUCUCCCUAUGAUUCUUAUCCACCACUUCAUCCUCGUCAUCCAUCUGAAAAAUUGUUUUCAGUUAACGGGACUCCACCAGUUUUUCCCAAUCAACUUUCUACUACCAAUCCGAAUGGACUUAACAAUAUGUUUCAUAACUUGAGAAUAACUUCAAAUCCUCCAAAUUUUCCUACUCAAGCUCCUACAGUUUUUCAGCCUCCAACUUUAUACAAUGCAUCUCCUACCAAAAGUGCAUUUUCAUUUCCUCCUCAAUCGACUAUUCUCAAACCUAAGGCUUCCACCACUUUUGUACCUCCUACGAUCAAUACUCCUUUACCUGGUCAAGUUCAACCGGAAGAAGUUAGGAAAACUGUAAAGACUCAACCACCUGUGGUCAACACUGGUAACUCGGGUGCUAUGAUUCCUCAACCUGGUGAUUGGAUGUGUAUGUGCGGAUUUGUGAACUGGAGAAGACGAAAAGUUUGUAUGAGAUGUUUUCCAUUUGCUGAUGGGAACGAUUCAGUGGGAGCAAUGAUGGCAAUGAACGCACAAAGAGCUGCGAUGUUAGCAGCCGAUCCUUUACCGUUACCAAUUCAAAAUAGACGAAACCCAUUUGAUAAUUCAAUACCACAACAUCAAUUAGAACAAGAAGAAGAAGCUAAAAAAGAAUGGAAUUCAUUAGAAUUAGGCAACGGUGGAAGACGAAGGAGUUGUUCAAUGGGAGAUCCAUCUCCUUCUUUACAACACAAUGUCUUUGGAACUGGAUUAGGUGUUGGGAUUAGUAUUGGAGACGGUGAUGAUCUUGGACAAGGUACCUCUAAUAACUCUGCUAAUAGUCCUGGAUCAUCUUGGCAAGCUAUUCGAGCCCUUUGGCAAUAAAGAAAAAAAAAUCGAGAAACGAAAGAUACUUUCCUAAAAUCGAUUAUUGAACAUUUAUUAGGUUUCCAAUUUUUUUUACAUAUCUAUAUACUACGGUUUACAUUAUCAUUUAAAAAUUAUACUCUACAUUUCAAUUGAUUGAUUUUUUUUACAUUUUGAUUCAAGUUUUAUACAUAGAUAUGUAGCCAUCAUUUAAAAAGAGAAAAAAGACCC